AUGCCGGACCCAGAGGCAACCACUCUCUCGAUCCACGUUGUCAAGUCCAAAAUGCUGCCAGAGUUCGCCGUGGCAUGCCAUGGGCAGGGGAUGGCAUGCCUGCCGUCGUCGCACGAGCACAUGCUCGCUCCGCCUCCAGAAGCUGGCCACAAGGCUUCCUACCGUCGACGGGUCCGGACGGUGCAGGCUCGCUGGAGCGGGUCCGAGGGAGCGACCGGAAACCUCAUGGAGUCCAAACGGGUCCCCAAACGGGUCCUCGAGAUGGGCACGGAAGAUGGCACGACGAGGCCCUACCCACACGCAUUGCACACCAUGGACGAGUAA